GAGCGUCUCCACAAAAACCGGCUUUUGUUUUCAACUAAAACUGUUCUUGUGUUGAUGGUCGCUUGGUUGGCCUGAAUUUCUGCCCAUCCUGUCAACUUUCCUUCCAUAAACCGAAGGAUAAAAGGAGUUUCACCAGUAUCUACCGAGAUGGACUUUUAUCAGGACGUGAGUUCUGGCAGUGGAGGCGGCAAUGGAGGUGGUGCCGGAGGCGGGUCAGGCGAGCACCGGGGGACGGCCGGCAUUCCAGGCAAGGACGAUGACAAGAAACUGUUUGUCGGUGGCCUAAGCAGACAAACUACAGACCGCGAACUGAAGGAGUACUUCGGUCAGUUCGGCGAGAUUGAGAGCGUUACCGUGAAAAUCGACCAGUUCACGGGACAAUCUAGGGGCUUCGCUUUCAUCGUCUUCAACAACCCGAAGACCAUUGAUAAGCUCUUAGCCGCUGGUGACCACUACAUUCAAAAACGGAAAGUGGACCCAAAGCGGGUGUCGAAGAAAGCUCAGCAAGGCAAGGUGUUUGUUGGUGGACUCACCCCUGAAAUCUCUGAUGACGACAUCAAAGGUUACUUCUCUCAAUAUGGUACUAUUGUUGAGUUCCAAGCUCCUUUUGACAAGAAGAAGAAUCAACGCAAAGGUUUCUGUUUUGUCACUUUUGAGUCUAAGGACACCAUGCUAAACGUUCUGAAAACCCCUAAGCAGUUCAUCAAUGGAAAAGAGGUUGAUGUAAAGAAAGUCCGUGCCAAUCCUGAAAUGGGACGAUUCGGUGGUGGUGGUGGUGGAGGAGGAGGAGGAGGAAGAAUGGGUGCUUGGGGCCAAGGGUAUGGUGGAUCGGGCUAUGGCUAUGACAGUUACGGCUAUAGCAAUUAUGGUAAUGGUUAUGAUUAUGGAAGUUAUUCAUCAUAUGACAAUUAUGGUGGUUACGACAGCCAAGGCUCUUACGGGGGUAAUGGUAACGGCAACAGUAAACCUCGAAAUAAUCGCCAGUUUUCAAGGCAUCAACCUUACUAAUAUCACCUAUAUUUGUGUAAGGAAACCCUAAUAUUGUACAAGGAACAACAGUUUUUUCAGGUUUUUUGUUCCCUUGUGAUUAAGGGUCCAGUAACUUUUUCUUUUUUUCUUGUUGUUUCUCCUUGUUAUAAUUAAUCUAGGUAUAUAUCUAGUUAUUAGCAAAAUGUUUGUUGCAUUAUGAGAUUUAUAUUUCAUAUCACUAUUUAUCUCUUAUUACCUUCUACUUUGAUUUCACAAGACUGGAAGUAACAUAUAUUUACCUACAAAAAUAUUCAUUACAGCUGGCUCAAAGUAGGUCACCUUUCAUUUUAUGCCUAUGACAAGCUGAUUCACUCAGCAUUACUAGAAUAUUUUGGUAUAAUUUCAAAUUUAAGGACUGAAAUUUAAUUCAAAAAAUCACUAGUGAUAGUAGUAGAACAUGUUGUUUUGUUCUAUUUAUUGAAAUGGAAGUGGAUUUAUUGAAUGAAUCAUAUUCUGUUAUGGCUAACUCCCAUCAAGAGUUUCUUUAAACUGUUAGCAUUUUGAGGAUUAUCUCUUGAUCUCCUGUGAUUACUAUAGAGCAACGAUAAAAUUACUAUAUUUCAUGUCCACCUGUAAACUGAUAUGUGUGUGAACACUUACAUAGUGUUAUAUAUUUCAAUCAAAGACUGCAUUGUAGUUCAUCAAUUUAGAGCCGCCAUAUAUUUAUGUGUUGUAUUACUGAGAUUAUCUUAGGUAUAUUCCUAUGCAGUAUUCAGCUCUGUGGUUCAUGAUAUACUUAUGUCACUUAGUGGUUGGUUUUGAAAUUGCAGAGCCUUUAGACUGAUCAGAAGUUGACCAUACUAGAUAAAUAUUGGUAAAAUCUUCAGAAAGCUGCCAGUGCUUUUCCCUUUUAAAGUGGAAGUUAAGAAUAUGCACUUCAAUGAAUUUUGCUUGCUGUCAUUUAACCAUGGCUUAAGACUGAUUGACAUUUUGGAGUUUUUUCUGUGUUUAGCUUCCAUUAGUUCACUGUGGUAAUCAAUAAAUUUGUUAAUACAAAAAUGUAUUUAAAUUGUUUAGAAUGCAUGCGAAGAAUCUAAUUCUAGUAUCAAUGCCAUGGACCUGCUAGUCAUUGAAACUACGCUAAGCUUACAAAAUUUGUUUUAGGAGAAGUGGCCAAAAGUGUAUUGAGGUUUAGUAUAUGACCUGAACAAAUAAUUAUGAGUAUAUUUCCAAUGUCUUCAAUAUUUUGUCAUCUGCAUUGUGAUAUGUAAUAAUUAUUAUCAGUUAUACAAGUUUGAAAUGUUAUUGUGAUACCACAGAUCAUCACAGGGUCCAAAAUCUGUUCAAGUAGAAUCUCAAAAUUAAGCUGGAGAAGUGUUGUGAUAUAUUUCUUUUUGUGUCUUCAAUGUUAAUUUCUUUUUGUCUUAAUAAAUUGAUGGGUUUGGAUAUAA